AAGGCGAGGGCAGAUCCUAUGAAGAAACAGUGAGGGGAGGCGUAAGAAAGUUCUGAUCUGCUCAGUGUACAUGCCAGCGUAUGAAAUAGAGUUACAGCUGAGUUUCCAGGCAGCACUUCAUGGGAGCAGUGGAUCUUAUUCGACUUUACCUGCGCUUCACAUGCAGCUGAUCUGCUCUGCAAACUGGAAAAACGCACUGACACUUCUGACAGGCUUUUUUGUCCCUGUUCAGUGUCUAAACCUCAACUUGUCAAAUCCACACAGCAGGUGUCAACAUGCUGGAGCAGGUUCUGUCGUUCAGCCGCUCCCUGGUGCGCAGGAAAGUGGUUGACAUGAACAACCUGGAGGACUCCAAGUUGUGCCGCUGCCUAGGAACCGUCGACCUCAUCGCCCUGGGAGUUGGCAGCACUCUGGGCGCCGGUGUCUACAUCCUGGCCGGAGAGGUGGCCAAAGGCGACUCUGGCCCCAGUAUAGUGAUCUCCUUCCUAAUCGCUGCAUUAGCGUCCGUUAUGGCCGGUCUGUGUUACGCUGAGUUCGGUGCGCGCGUCCCCAAAACCGGCUCUGCUUACCUUUAUAGCUACGUGACUGUUGGAGAGAUCUGGGCCUUCAUCACUGGGUGGAACCUCAUCCUCUCCUAUGUGAUUGGUACCUCCUCAGUUGCCAGGGCUUGGAGUGGCACAUUUGAUGACAUGAUAGGAGGCCACAUCGAGGUUUUCUGUAAGACGUACUUCAGCAUGAACUCUCCUGGUCUGGCUCAGUACCCGGACUUCUUUGCCGUCUGCCUGAUACUGCUGCUUUCUGGACUCCUGUCGUUUGGGGUGAAGGAGUCAGCCUGGGUCAAUAAAGUCUUCACUUCAGUCAACGUGCUUGUACUGUUGUUCGUCAUAAUUUCUGGUUUUGUCAAAGGAGAUUCGGCGAACUGGAAGAUAUCUGAAGAAUCCCUCAUAAAUGUCACCAUAGUUAAACGGAACUUGUCGGUAACGACCAAUGUGACCAGUGAUUAUGGAGUAGGAGGAUUUAUGCCUUUCGGGUUCAGUGGGACCUUAGCUGGAGCUGCCACCUGCUUUUACGCUUUUGUCGGAUUUGACUGCAUUGCAACCACAGGCGAGGAGGUGAGGAACCCUCAGAAAGCCAUUCCCAUCGGCAUCGUGGUGUCGCUGACCGUGUGUUUCCUGGCGUACUUCGGUGUGUCGGCUGCGCUCACACUGAUGAUGCCUUACUACCUGCUGGACGAGAAGAGCCCUCUGCCCAUGGCUUUUGAGUAUGUGGGCUGGGGCCCUGCCAAAUAUGUGGUCGCUGCAGGUUCACUGUGUGCCCUCUCCACCAGUCUGCUGGGCUCCAUUUUCCCCAUGCCUCGUGUAAUCUAUGCUAUGGCACAGGAUGGUGUGCUUUUCAAAGUCUUAGCCCGAAUCAAUCCUAAGACGAAGACCCCACUUAUUGCCACUAUGACCUCCGGUGUAGUAGCAGGUGAGAGAUGGGGAGCAACCAAAGAGAUUCCUCCUGCUAAUCUUUCUCCACCAAUCAACUGUGAAAGACAAAAGCAAAGAUGCAAAUAAUAAUUUGGUUACAGAAAUUGACCCACCCUUUAUCAGUCCUUUUUCAAAUGAUCCAGUUAUUCUGAAGUUUUCCCUCGAUAUCUACAUGUUGUUCUUUCACGGUUGUGCAGGUGUCAUGUUUUUUUUUUCCCAGAAUGCCCUCUACUUAACCAUGAACCCUCUUC